CCCCUUUCGUCCUGCUGCGCGCAGAGAGAUGCAACAGCGGCAGCCCGGUCCCUCGGGGAAGGACGGGGCUCGGAGGAUUCUAGUGCAUGAAGGACGUAAAUGAUGAUAGUCCCAGAGGACCAUCUGUCCUGGAGCAGGCAUUGGAACGAAGUUACUAUGUGAGUGAAAGGAGUGAGUGCAAGUCAGAUGGUUGUUCCCGUCCGGCUGUUAUGGAGUCAGUGGAUGAAGCUGAAGGACGGCAAGGAGAGCUGAACAUGAAGGAGCAGUCCCUGAAAGCCUCCCAGAAAACAGCAGUGCUCAGUUGGCCUCCCCGGUGGAAUGGAUUAAUACCUGGAGACAGCAUGUACCUGUUUGUCCUCUCACAGAUACUGCUUCUCUGCAUGAUGCUGUGGUACAGCACUUACGGGACCAUCCCAGCAGCUCAGAAUGCCUUCGACUUGCUCUCUUACUUGCUUACCCCAUUCAAACAGGUUUUUUCAGAUCAAGGCGAGAGCUUGACUACAGUUGGAAGCGUUGUGGUAUCAUACAUUUUACUGUCUUUGGCUUCUCUAGGACUUCUAUUUGUAGGAUCUCUGUUCUGGCACCUCCUCAGAGCCCGACCAGACCCCCCCUUUCUGCUGCAAGAGGACAGACGCCAGUCUGUGAGCCGGCAGCCUUCCUUCACGUACUCAGAGUGGACAGAGGAUAAAAAUGAGGAUGACUUCCUAGAUAUGGAUCCCGUGCCAGAGACUCCAGUCUUUGACUGCGUAAUGGAUAUUAAAGCGGAGACAGACCCAGCUACUCUGACAGUUAAAUCCGUGGGCUUGCAAGAAAGGAGAGGUUCAAAUGUUUCACUCACACUGGAUAUGUGCACCCCAGGCUGCUCUGAGCAAGGCUUUGGCUAUGUCAUGUCUCCACGGGAACAGUCAGCCCGAGAAUAUCUCCAGACAGCAUCGAACAUCCUGACUGAAGAGGAGCUGCACAAGAAAGCACUGGAUCCUUUCAUACUCCAGGCAGAGUUCUUUGAAAUUCCAAUGAACUUUGUUGAUCCAAAGGAAUAUGAUAUUCCAGGCCUAGUCCGUAAGAAUCGCUACAAAACAAUUCUCCCAAAUCCUCACAGCAGAGUGUGCCUUACCUCAGCUGAUCAGGACGACCCCCUCAGCUCUUACAUCAAUGCUAACUACAUCAGGGGCUAUGGAGGAGAGGAAAAGGUAUAUAUUGCUACUCAGGGACCAAUAGUUAAUACUGUCACUGACUUCUGGAGAAUGGUGUGGCAGGAGCGUUCUCCCAUCAUUGUCAUGAUUACCAAUAUAGAAGAGAUGAAUGAGAAAUGCACAGAAUAUUGGCCAGAGGAACAGGUCACCUAUGAAGGAAUAGAAAUCACAGUUAACAGAGUCAUACAAGCAGACGAUUACCGUUUAAGGCUCAUCACCCUAAAGAAAGGAGAAGAAGUCAGAAACCUGAAACAUUACUGGUACACGUCAUGGCCAGACCAGAAGACACCAGACCAGGCCCCUCCUCUGUUACAGCUAGUACUGGAAGUGGAAGAGGCCAUGCAGAGUGCAGAGGAGAAGAAUGCCCCAGUGAUUGUUCACUGCAGUGCAGGCAUCGGGAGGACUGGCUGCUUUAUUGCCACAAGUGUCUGCUGUAAACAGCUGAAGAACGAGGGCAUAGUUGAUAUUUUGCGAACAGCCUGCCAGUUACGGUUAGACAGCUUUUCAGUGCCCUUCCAUUUCAAAACUGACUCAGUGAAUAAAAUUACUUGCUCUGUCAUCAGCUUCCUAUUCAUUUGCUAAAGAAUGCUUGUUGGUUGGAGGACAGUGUGCAUAUAGGAGGUAACUUCAACAUAUAAAUUGCCUCCUGCACAAGGAGAUUUUCUAGAGGAGAAUAACUUCAUAGCAAACAAGGUAUAAAGGGCUCUAAGAUACUGGCCUCAAGGUCCCUGCUGGGAUCCUCAGCAGGUAUCAGUUGGCAGUGCUUCACUGACUUGAGUAGAAGUGAAUGAUUUACACCAAUGAAGGAAAUUUGGCCUGCUCUCCCUUCCCAUUCUAUGUGUCUGGAAUGUCCUGAGAGUGUGGUUGCUGAUAAAAUCAGGUUGGUUGGAAUCAAUUCACCACUGCAAAGCACAUGUCAGCUUCACUGCAUGCUCUGGUGAUGAGGGCUGCACUGCUGCCACCUGAUACCAGGCAAGAGCAAUACCACUUUGUCAGGAUCAAAAUAUUCAAAUGCCUCUUAAAGUGUUAGACAAAAUAACAGAUGUAGCGCUAAUCCUCUGGCCUUAUCAUAAUUAACAUAUUUAUGUCUCUUUUUUUCUUUACUUUUUUUCAAUAGAAUUUGAGAUCUGAAGGACCUUUUAUCAGCUGUUCUGAUCUCUUCUGGCAGCAGAGGUAGUCUUAAGAAGUGCUUAAGAUUAGCAGAAGGGAGCUCUGGCCGUAUGCAAGCCCUUGAGAUGAGUGGGGCUGCUGCUUCUGUAAUAAGUGCAUUUGAAACUGAGCUAACAAUAAGAACUAACCUAAGCUAUGUCUCUGACUAGACUUGUCUUUUUACUCUUUCUCUAUUAAAUGAAAAUUCCAAGCAUACUUCAUCCACUCUCUCCUGCUCAGUGCCUGAGACUCUUUGUACCAGAGACCACAGCAUUAGUACCUACAACACAGUUGUUUCCUAGAGAACUGAAUUCCUCUCCUCAGGUGGGUAAGCAUAUAACAAACGUGAGAUGAUUUUAUUUAGAACCAACUGUGAUGUCUUCUGUUUGAUAAGCUUUUUCACACUUUGAACAAGGCAGAGCCUAGCUCAGUGCCUUGGUUGUUUGCUGGUCAAUUUGGUCACUGCACUUAAGCAGUUUUAUCCUGUUUCUCUUUCUGUCGUGGUAACAGACUAAUGGUACAUUCUGUCCUCAUGCAGGUAAUCUGAGAUCAGCAGAUGCCAAAGUUAUGUAAAAACAAAAACUAAGAUUGCAAUUGAGUGUAAGAGCUGUCCUCAGAUAAAGCACGACUUGCUCUCUGAAGGAUCAAGAUAAAGAUGAUGCGGUCAAAUUAUUCUUAAGUGUCAACUACCUAGUAGUCAUGUGGGGAAGAGAACUGCAUUUCUUCCAAGACUUCCAAAGGUAUCUAUUUAUUCUGGAUUUUUUCUUCUGUAAUUAGUCGACAAUGGAAAAAUCUUAACAUGUGAAGUUGCAAAAUCUACUUGAGAAUGAAGAGAGGACAAAACAGGACCUUGGUUCCUGUCACUUACCUGCUGUCUCUUCAGUGGAGGAAUCAUGCAGCUUGCAUAUAGAUGGUCAUGCUUUAUAGAUUUGUAGUGGAGAAAAAACAAAACACUUUUUCUAAAGUCCCUGGAGAUAACCUUGUCUCUUCUGCCGAGUCUGUAGAUGAGUAUUUCCUGGUGUCUUCAAGAAUGACUGUCACCUUAGGACAAAGUAGGGCAGCUCAAGGAAGCGUUUUUCCUGCAAGCUAAUUUUUUUUUUUCAUUCAAAAGCACAGAAGAAUGAAAGCACGUGAAUGAAAGCAGCGUUUUCAGCUUUGUGCAUAAGGUACAGGCAGUCAAAGAUCUGCAUGCUCGAGGCAACACAAGCAUGGAUUUCAAGUGUCUCAAUGUGAAUUUCAGAUAUUCACAAAGAAGUUAGUUUCUUCAAUUACAUGCAAGGAAAGAGAAGAAUCCACUCUCAUUUGAGCCCUGAUAGAGAUCAGGCUCAAGCACCUGAAUAAAACAGAUGCUGCAUUCUCGUGGUGUGGUGUGAAAGUCAGGGAAGGGGAUAUGAUUAGACCUGCCCAAGAUUUUGGGCCAUGUAAUACCCAGCAGGGCAGUAGUGUCAGGUUUACCCAGAUGAUAGCAAAGCUGAAUGAAGAGAGAGACUUAAUAAUUUACUCAGAAUUAAGAGCCAUGUUGGCACCAGAGCUGGCAAUAUUUGAGAACGUAAAGCUUAAAAUUUGAGAACAUAAAGCUUAAACAGUCUGGCAAAGAACUCGGGUAUUGCAAUUCCUGGCCCUUUCUGUCUGCUGGACUGUGCUACUCAACUUGUGUUCCCUCUCGGUUCUUUAUCUCUUAUCUGCCUGUUGCUGCUUAUACUUAAAAUAGAAUUAAGUAAGUCACUGUAUUGCACUACUUUUAACCCAAUGUGUUGAUAGCCAGUGUUUUCUAGAAAUCAUCUCUUUCCUUGGACAGAGCCUGUCUUGCUAGACACCCUUCAGAGGGCUCAACCUCUUCUGCAUAUAUCUUCAUCCCAGAAUUUUGGGAGUAGAAAUCUGCAGUUAUGUGCAUCUUACUAAUGGCAUUUCUCCACUGAGAAACAGUUUGCUUGCUGAGUUAAAGCUUUUUAUUUGUCUGACCUUAACUCCCCUGUUCCCAGUACCAGGUGCAACUUUCCUCUGAAAAGCCAAAGGCAACAUUUCCAUGGAUCGGAGGAGGAAAAUCCUGCAUAGAUCUCCUUUGCAUGUUUAGCUUGUUUGCCUCUGAAGUGGACACAAGUAAACCUGUCAGGAAUUAAGUCAAAAUUGAUAGAGCACAAUGGAAACCUCCUCUUGUAAAUUAGCUUUGCUAUCACAAAAGAAGGAAAGCCACGUGUGAUUGGUUUUACUACAUUCACUGUUGUCUUUUUGGUAUUUAGGAUAUUGUGAGGAGUACAGAAAGCAAACACUCAGGCAACACAAAGGUCAGGGUGUCAGGUUAGAUAGAUGGAAGGAACUGGAUUUUGUUGGCAGUGCUUUGGUUUUUGUUGGGGAAAACACAACUUUCAGUGCAGAAAGCAACUUUCUUUGUAGCUAAGUUGGGCUCUUGGUCCCGAAGUAGAAUAUUGAAGAGAUAAGUGAAGGUUGGUUUCUUCAUGCUUUUAUUAAAUAAGAAAUAAAUAACACCUUAUCCCCUUCAUGACGUGACCAGUCCCAUUUCCACACACUUCUAAUUUCAUUUGUGUUGAUAGAACACAAGCUUCCAGACAAGGGAGCACAGAGUGUCUGUCUUGCUGGAUUCCUUCUUUAGCCUGUGAAACAGCAUAUGUUUGUUUUGACUGGCUCUACGAGGUAUUUUUUGCUCACUGGAAAAGCUGACAAUGUUUCAGUCUCUGCACUGUUUUUUCUUGGUUUUUUUGUCAAAGUUUUCAUCUUCCUCUUUCUUUCCGAGACUAGCAGAAAUCACCUAGGAAUCAUCAGGAAAAGGUAGUAUAUUCCUGGAGGGGAAUGGGAGGCUGGGGUGCCCAUUGCUUUUUCCAGAAUUUACGUGUAGAAUUACCCCCAUCAGCCUGUGUAAAUUGGCUCGAUUUUUAUCGAUUUUGUCUUUGGUUUUCUCAGUUCCUGUGUUUUGCAAAGUAUAACCCAAGUGUCUCCUGCACUAGACUUCCUUUUCAGCUGAAUUUAACAUAAAUAGGGAGUAGAUACUCUGUUCCAAACAGAAAUCAAGUAUGGUCAGUUAAGCAGUUUAUUGCUUCUAUAUCUUGUUAAGCCUUUGUUGCAAGCAAGAUAGGUAGUUUGCGUCCUGGAGAAUGCAUUGGUCUUAGCCACCUAAAACAAUCUCCUGCCCCUAUGCCAGCAAUACUGUGGUUAACACGAGUAAAGUUUAAAAAAGCUAAAUACACAAGCUAAGAUCUGUAAUUCAUUCCAUCCUUGAGAAGUACCCUUCCCACUGGGAAUGAAGCCUUCCAUAUGAAGAAGUGUGGCAGAAUCUGACUUAAGGAAUAGAAGAGAGCUGAUUAAAGAAUGACCUCUAACCUGAACUUGUGAACUGAUCUUCUAAAGCACCGAGUUCCUGCUUGAGUAACUGAAUGAACUGGCUGGACUUGGAAAUGACAGAAAGUGCUGCAUAUACAAUUUUAUAUAUAUAAGUAAACAAAGACAAAACCUGGAGUUAUGAAAGCAGCACCGGGAAAUUACUUAAACAUCAAAGCAGGAUUUUUUGAAUGUUUAACUGUUUAAAACCUAGGCAGACAUAUUUUGGUUUUAGCUUGAAAAAAAAGCUGGUAAAUUAUUUUGUAGUCUGCCUUUGAUCAAAGUUCUGAAAUUGUGUCAAAAUCAAUCAUAAGAAAACCUGGGAUUGGGGAGGUAAUGUUUAUUUUUAAAUAAAAAGGUAUCCUUUCAACCUACAGAAGGUUUAUUC